CUGCUGCCCGCAGCACUGUCAGUGCUGCAUCUCCGUGGCUCCAUGUGGAACAGUAGCCAGAGCAUCUCUAACUGUUCGGAGAGCGCCGACUUCCAGUACGUCCUCUUCCCUGUCAUCUACAGCCUGGUCUUUGUGCUGGGCCUGGCGGGGAACUCCUUUGUGCUGGGCUACUUCUUUUGGACCAAGUCAGCCACGGCCCCGGCCAACGUCUUUCUGGUGAACCUGGCCACCAUCGACUUGCUCUUUGUGUUGACCCUGCCGUUCCGCAUUGCCUACCAUGCGCUGCACAAUGACUGGGUCUUCGGGGAAGCUCUCUGCAAAAUCACCGGCUGCCUGUUCUUUGCCAACCUGUAUGGCAGCUCCCUCUUCCUGGCCUGCAUCUGCCUGGAGCGCUACGUGGCAGUGGUGCACCCGCUGCGGCACUUGCACUUCCGCCAGCUGCGCUACCGUGUGGGGGCUGCGCUGGUGGUGUGGGCAGUGCUCUUGGCAGCCACCCUCUACCUGGCCCUCCGUGGGCCCCUGACCAGCCCCUUUGCUGACGGCCGCACAGCCUGCCUCGAGAACUUCUCCUCCAGGUCUUGGAAGGGGCGCAUUUCCGGGGUGAGCAUCUUUGCUGCGGUGGUCGGCUUCCUGUUGCCCCUUUUACUGAUUGGGGUGUGCUACCCGCUAAUCGCUUGGCGGCUGCUGGCAACGCCAGGGAUGCAGCCUGGUUCCCGUGCUGUGAGGCGCAAGGCGCUGCGGACGGUGCUGGUGGUGUUCGGCGUCUUUCUGGUCUGCUUUGUUCCUUACCACGUGGUGCAGCUGGUCCACACGCUUGGCCGUGUGGGUGCUCUGGGUGGCUGCUCCCUCAUCCGGGCCACGUAUGUCGCCCGGCGUGUGACCAUGGCGCUCACCAGUCUCAAUGCCUGCCUCGACCCUCUGGUCUACUAUUUUGCUGCUGAACGUUUCUCAUGGCGGCCCUACUGGAAAUGCGCCUGCUGCCCCAUGAGGUCACAGCGCCCCCUGGGCCUUCGCACACUCCCUGCCCACCAGGGACCCUCCACAGAGGGAAACACUGCGCCUGGCUCAGAGGACUGAGUGAGAGAUGGCCGGAUGUAUGAGAAUCCCCUUCCCUUAUGCACCGCUUCACUGGAAAAGGCCAUCACGCUAGGAAAAGUGGGAGGCAGCAGGAGAAGAGGGGAGACCCAGCCUCAGGAGGCGGGUGGGCUCCGCCAGGGGAGCCACGAGGGGCCCCCCUCCAUGCGCAAGGCCCCUGAGCGGUGGAUGGUAGAGGCAGUAGGUAAUUCAUUCACCGGAUCUUCAUAACUGGGAAGUGAAUUGACGGCACUUACACACACACACACACACACACACACGCACACACACAAACACGUCUUUGUUUCAUUUGCAUUUGUUGUAUUAUUAGUGCUUUAAAAAAUUAACAAAAUAUUCACAGUACCACUAGAUCAAAGCAACAUAGACAAAUGGUAGUAUCUGUAUGUUAUUCCAAAAUCUGUCAUUGCUGCGUGUUAUAAAUUAAU